AUGCUCAGCGCCUUCUCCCGCUUGUUUCAGACCAGUUCCGCUUCAGAGCCCGAGCCCGACUCGUUCACUGAGAAAGGCCAGGGGCGCACUUCGACGAGCACAGCACAAGACAGCGGUAUUCACCUUGAGCGCAAGCCGUCAUCACAUCUCAGUAUUCCGAUGGAGCGGAUACGCGCACCGACGCCCUCCCAUGUAUCGUGGAAGGUGCCAAGUCCGAACCCAUCCCAGCCGACGUCCGUUGCUGAGCCGCCGUGGAGCAUGCAGUAUGACUCGCAUUCAGUGUCUGCGCCAUCUCUCCUUCUGUUGAACCCUGGGUCACAAAGACAGCGUGCCGAGUCCUUGCGGCGGCAUAGUUCUCAGUCUCUUCACGCCCAUUCCUUGCUUGCCAGUGCAUCUGAGGACUCUGAGAGGCGGGUAAAUCUCGAGGUCCAACCUACGAGACAGAUUCUGCCGCUUGAUGAGCGGGUACACUUCCCUGCUGUCAGGCGACCAUCGAUUGACUCGGUACCCCUUACCCCAGACUCAACCAGAGUGCACGACGGACACAAAAUCUCUCUGUCUGCAUAUCCCGGUGCUUUCAUCAAUAGACCUCUGAAUCGCUCCGCCAGCCAGGCAUCGACGAGCACCUUCCGGUCGACCGCGUCCGUAGCACCCCCCAUCAUUCCUCCACUCGAUCUCCGCCCGGACUUCCAGAGCACAGUCGGUAUCCCACCGCGCCGCUCGCGCCUCGCGGCUCCAUCGCUUCCCACAGUGGUCAGCAGCCCGAAGUACUCCGUCAUCUACGAGGACGGCUCAUCCGCGCGCACAUCCAGCUUCAUCACCGCGCCGUCCGAACACACGCCUGAGCACGACUCGGACGACGAGCGCGCAGUCGACAUCAGCGUCAGCGUGCGCACGCCUGACCUUAAUGUAAGCGUGCGCAUGCACGACUACGCAUACGCCGCAUCGAGCAGGACAGGCACGGAAGGCACGCCCGCGCCGCGCACGAGCGGUCUUCCUGAGGGCCUGUACGAUGUGGAUUUGGCUGCGGACCACGAACCACGCCACCGUGCGCAGGCGUCCUCUGCGCAGGCGUCCUCACUGCAGCCACUCCUUGGCGGGCCCAGUGCAAUCCCGCGCAGGCCUCACUCGUUCUCGAGCGGGGACUCGGAGUCGUACAUCCUGAAGCGCUGGCUUAAGGGCGUGUCGUACAGCAGCGACCGCUUCGCUAUCCCCAUUGUCAAACGAAAGCGCAUACCCGUGAGCCUCGCGUGCGUGCUCUUCUGGGUUGGGUUUGUCGGACCAUGGUGCUGGCUCAUCGGUGGUUGGAUGCUGUCCAACGGCGGCGAUGUCACGCUAGAGAGCCGGCGGUCUGAGACCGUGCUGCCCCUGUGGAGAAGACGAGGAAAGCAGCGCGAGGGACUGUCCGACAGAGACAGACACAAGCUGCUCGCGCUCAGACUCUGGUAUCCCCUUGUCGCCCCCUCCGUGGAGAGCCUAUGCCCGUCUGUCCACAGCAAUACGAGCGUUGCCUCUACGCGCAAAAUGAAGCAGCGUGCUGCUCGAACCAUCGACAUAUGGGUUACCCGCUGUCGCAUUGCUGCCAUCACUAGCGGUGUCGUCAUCGUCGCCGUCUUCGUGGUGGCACUCAUUGUGGUCGGGUCACGCUCAUCGUAA